UUCCAUAUUAGAUCAUUGGUUUAAUUUAGAAAAGAUGAACCCCCUUUGGGGGUAAUCAAUCACACAUAGAUUGCCCAUCGUGAUUGUUUAUUAGAUUUUGGUGUUGACGGAAUGUGCUAAUUUGUGGACGGAGGGAGAGGUAUGUGUGUGCGCCUGAUUGACUGACCUCGUGGAAGGUAUUCGACGACACAAGCUGCAAAUAUAGCGCAAUUAUCAAUUUUCAUGUCAAAUUCGGCAACAUGACGAAUUGAUUGGAAAAGUUGGAAAAAUUUCAUUCCUCAUUGCAGUUGCAUGGAACCUAAAACGACCGUAUAUAUGUAUGUAUAUAUAUGGGGUUGAUUUUCCAGAAGGGGGAUUCAACCCAGAGUCGUGUUUGAUGAGAAACGUAACAAGAGCAAAUACACAAUGGGAGAGCAAAUGCCAAUAACAAGAGGUAUCCCAAUGGGAGACGUACAGCGUCACCCCUUUUUGUUGUUGCUCAGACGGCACCCGCUUCUGGAAUUGCGGAGGACCAGCUACUGAGUCAAUAUUUGUGCAGAAGCACACGCAUCCUCAAGCUGAGGGUUGUGUGCUGCAUAUAUAUACGGUUCACCCCUGCUUUAGAUGUGGGAUGAAAAAUUAAUGAGAUUACAACAUGCAGGGUUAUGCUACUUUAAAAUUCACGUGCACCUUAGUGCGGCGUAUCUUUAACUUUGUCAUAUGUCGCUGAAGCUUUCACAGGACCCAUGGCAUGGUGGGAACGACAAGCAGUUGUGAUCGAUGACCACACUGGAGAGUAAUGAAUUGUUCACAAUAGAAAUGCGAUAAGUUGCUGGAAUUACAUGUUUACGGGAAUUGAGUGCAAGAUAUAGGUGUCACACUUUGUGCCCUAUAAAAGCACAAUGAGCUUCCGACAGUUAGUUCAAAGAAGCUCAGGUAGUGAAGUAAUCAACAUGAAAGUAAUUGCUGCCGUUGUGGCACUUUGUGCCCUCCUGGAGGUUCAUGCAGCCCCAGCAGGGUCAAUUGUGCACGAGAAUCAUGUACACUGCACUCAGGAGAAGAUCGGAGUCUUCUAUCCAGACUGCAACGAUUUUUCUCUGUACUUCAUGUGCACUGGAUUAAAUGAGCAUCGUCAUGUUUCAUGCAAUGAUGGGCUUUUCUUCAGUUUUGAGAAGCAGAAAUGUGUUGAACAGAAUGUUUGGAGUAAGGCUGCGAUCUGUAGGGCUAUGCCUGCACCGCAGUUUGCUCCGGAGCAUCGUCCUGAGUUGGAUUGGCCACAUCAUCAGCAACAGCCUGGACAACCUUGGCCUCAGCCCCAUCCUGAGCAGGGAUGGCCGCAGCAGCCACAGCAGCCAUGGCCACAGCCUCACCCUGAACAGGGAUGGCCACAACAACCACAGCAGCCUUGGCCACAACCUCAUCCUGAGCAGGGAUGGCCACAACAACCACAGCAGCCUUGGCCACAGCCCCAUCCUGAACAGGGAUGGCCGCAGCAACCACAACAGCCUUGGCCACAGCCUGAGCAGGGAUGGCCACAACAACCACAGCAGCCAUGGCCACAGCCUGAACAAGGAUGGCAACAACAACCACAGCAGCCUUGGCCACAACCUCAUCCCGAACAAGGUUGGCCACAUCAGCCAGAACAUGAACUGAGCCCCUGGCCGGAACAUCAGGGACCCAAUGGAGAAUAUAUUGCCCAGCAACUUCCUGAAUUUCCAGUUCAGGAAUGUUGCCCAGAACCCACGCAAUGCCCACCAUGCUGGAACGAUGAGGGAGUUCAUCUUCCAGAGCAUCCAUGCAAUCCUCCCCAGUUCCCAGAUUGGACUCAACCUCCACUUCACCCACCACCAAUAAGGCCCCCAAUUGAGCAUCCCCAUGAACCACCACAUGUCCAACCUAUGCCACCCAUUGAGAUCUGGCCUCAGCCUCAACCUCAACCACCAAUUGCUGACAUUGGACCUCCAGAUUUCAAGGAGCCUCCAGUUACGGACCAUCCCAUAGACAACCCAUGCUUCUGCCCUUAAAGUGAAUUUCCAAAUUUUAUUUUUUUAUAAAUUUAAGAGUCAACAUUGUGGGCAUCCCAACUUCUUAAAUGCAAAAGUGCUGUGUGCGAUGUGUGUAGAUACGGAAUAAAAGUCUUCUUACCCA